AAAUUCGACCCAUCCCCCACCACUAGAUGAAUUAAAAAUCUGCGAUUACUUCCGGACAUUCCCAUCCCCACCAAUCCCCUUGCACUGGCUAGACCCAAUCACUGCCCCUCCCUGCUGGCUCCUGCUAGUUCCCGCCUGCCAUUACUAAACCAUUGGUAAAGCCGUUUCCGCGCGCCGCACAAUGCUAUAAAGUUUCACAUUCAUCUGGCAGCUGCAAUCCAUUACCACCACUCUUUUCACCACCAUGUCCAAGCCGCUAGACCCCAGCCAGCACCACCACCCUGCCGACCCACUGCUAGAUGAAGCAGCAUCUGGCGCUGCUGCCAGCGCCAACGCCAGUAUCAGCGCCAGCGCUAGCGACAGAGACCCCGAAGCUCUCCUUGACCGGUUCGAACAACUCACAGACUCGGAGGACGAAGACGAGUUCAUCAGAAAGUACGGUGACAUCAACUUCCAGUACAUCAAGCCGCCUCGCGACUCUGUGUGGUUCAUUCGUCCCCACGCCUUGAACUACUUCAAGGACGGAGUUCUCUUCCGUACCAAGGGCGAAAGAACCUCCAGCAAAACCGAGUUGUUUUUGGACUUGAUGUAUGUGGGGCUCAUCUCCAACUUGGCAGGAAAUGCCUGUGAGGACCCCAGUGGAGCUGCUCUCUUGGAGUACAUCUUGCUCUUCAUUCCCGCCUGGAUGGUAUGGUCCGAUAUCAAGGACUUCACCAACUACUACUAUAACGAGGACCUCUCGCAGAAGGUGUACAUCUUGUGGAUCUUGUGUUUGUUGACGUUGUACAUCAACAGCCAUGGCGAGUUGUUGGAAAGCACCCACGGUGCUGCGUUGACCAUUGUACCCUACAUUUUGUGCCGGUUGUCUUUGGCCAUCAGUUUGGUCAUAUACUCGUUCUUCAUCCCCGAACAUCGUCCGCAAAUGCGCUUGUACAGUGUACUCAUCACCAUCACCUCGUGCUUGUGGAUUCCCGUUAUCUUCUUGAACACCAGAGGCAAGAUCGGAAUGGCCAUUGCCGUGAUCUUCCUCGAAAACCUCUUCUACAUCGUGGCCUACCACCCUUACACCAAGAAACUCAUGGGGUUGAGAAUGGCCACGGCAUUGAACAUCGAGCAUGAGGUCGAGAGAUUCGCAACGUUUGUCACCAUUGCCAUCGGUGAAUUUCUCUACAAGGUUGUGGCUAGUGGUCCUUUGGGAGCUGGUUUCUCGCCCAAAUUUGCUAGGGGCGUUUUCCUUAUCUGUAUCGCCUACAUUUUGUUCUGGAUCUACAAUAAUGGAUCAACCAGCAAGAAAGCUACCCAUGCCUUGAGACACAGUGGUGCCACUGCUAUUGUAUGGAUUUUCAUUCACUUGCCCUUGGUGGCCGGUUUAGUGUUGGGUGCAGAUGCUGGAGGAGACUUGAUUGAAAGCGACUUCACCUACGUGAAGCACCACUCCGAGAUUGGAGAAGAAGAACCUAAUUUGUAUGCCCUCUCAUUCUUUUUCACUGGUGGUAUCUGUGUUGCAUUACUCUCCAUGUGUGUCAUUGGUUUGAUUGAAGUUUCCCAGGAUCCUCAUGAUUUGCACAUCCUUCCCAAGUUCUGGAGAGUGGUCUGGAGAGCCCCCAUUGGUCUCGCCAUUGUCUUUUUGAGUUUUGCCAAAUUGAACACCACCAUAUUAAUGGGUGUUGUGGUUGCACUUUUAGCAGUGUUAUUAUUAUUUGAGAGUGUCACAUCUGUCCCAAGAAAGCACAAAACAGCAGCUCACAGGCUCGAAUAAGGCAAGAAAGUCUUUAUUCAAAAUCUCAACCUAGUAGAGGAUAGUACAGAUGUAGUCAGCGUGAUUGAUACUACAUUAGAUGUUUCAUUUGUUU